AACCUUCCUAAAACAACCCCUUGGCUGCCUUGGAGCAUAAUUUAAUCUUCCUUUGAUGACUCCGGAUCUCACCCUGCCUCAGGCCAACCCUGCCUCAGGCCACUCAGCGGAGAACAUCAAUAACUGCUGAGCCCAGGUGGCUGUCAACAGAGCUGCUGUGAGUGCUACCUAAGCUUCAAGUUGGCUGCUAGACCCGGUCUCAGACAUAGGUCUGCAAGAGAAGAAACUAGAACAUACCUCAAAAUCUCCCUGCCUAGCUGGCUCUCGGCAGCUGCCGGACCCUAGGACAGAGCACCAGCCUCAGCUAAAUCCACCUCCAGUCCCACCGGAUCCAGUCCCAGCCACCAGUUCUGGUUCAUCUUGCCUGGUGCCAUGACCUUCUCCGAGAUUCUGGACCGUGUGGGCAGCAUGGGCCCCUUCCAAUACCUGCAUGUGACCUUGCUGGCCCUCCCAAUCUUCGGCAUGGCCAACCACAACCUGCUGCAGAUCUUCACAGCCACCACCCCUGUCCACUACUGUCGCCCACCCCCCAAUGCCUCUGUAGGGCCCUGGGUGCUCCCCUUGGGCCCGAAUGGGAAGCCAGAGAAGUGCCUCCGUUUCGUGCUUCCACCCAAUGCCAGUCUGCCCAACGACACCAAAGCAGCCACCGAGCCGUGCCUGGAUGGCUGGGUCUACAACAGCACCAGAGACACCAUUGUGACUGAGUGGGACUUGGUGUGCAGCUCCAACAAACUAAAGGAGUUGGCACAGUCAAUCUUCAUGGCAGGCAUACUGAUUGGAGGGCCUUUGUUUGGAGAACUGUCUGACAGGUUUGGCCGCAAGCCCAUCCUGACAUGUAGUUACCUACUGCUGGCGGCAAGUGGUUCAGGCACUGCCUUCAGCCCCAGCCUCCCCGUCUACAUGAUCUUCCGCUUCCUGUGUGGCUGCAGCAUGUCGGGCAUUUCCCUGAGCACCGUCAUCUUGAAUGUGGAAUGGGUGCCCACCCACAUGCGGGCCAUCUCAUCAACAGUGAUUGGGUACUGCUACACCGUUGGCCAGUUCGCUCUGUCCGGCCUGGCCUAUGCCAUCCCCCAGUGGCGCUGGCUACAGUUAACCGUGUCCAUUCCCUUCUUCAUCUUCUCCCUGUUGUCCUGGUGGGUACCAGAGUCCAUACGCUGGCUGGUUCUAUCUGGAAAGUUCUCGAAGGCCCUGAAGACUCUGCAACAUGUGGCUACCUUCAAUGGCAAGAAGGAAGAAGGGAAAAAGCUCACCAUGGAGGAGCUAAAGUUCAACCUGCAGAAGGACAUUGCCUCAGCCAAGGUCAAAUAUGGCAUAUCUGUCUUGUUCCGGGUACCCAUCCUGCGCCGUGUGACUUUCUGCCUCAUCCUGUCUUGGUUUGCUACUGGUUUUGCCUACUAUAGUCUGGCUAUGGGGGUAGAAGAAUUCGGAGUCAACAUCUACAUACUCCAGAUCAUCUUUGGCGGGGUCGACAUCCCAGCCAAGUUUGUCACCAUCCUCUCCAUAAGCUAUCUGGGCCGACGCAUCACUCAGGGCACUCUCUUGCUGCUGGCAGGAGGAGCCAUCUUGGCUCUCAUCUUCGUGCCUUUGGAAAUGCAUCUCCUGAAGACAGCGCUGGCUGUGUUUGGAAAGGGAUGUCUAUCUGGCUCCUUUAGUUGCCUCUUCCUCUACACGAGUGAACUCUACCCCACAGUCCUCAGGCAAACAGGUAUGGGCGCUACUAACCUGUGGGCCCGUAUGGGAAGUAUGAUAGCCCCACUGGUGAAAAUCACGGGUGAGGUGCAGCCCUUCAUUCCCAACGUCAUUUACGGGACCACGGCCCUACUGGGCGGCAGCGCUGCCUUCUUCCUGCUCGAGACCCUCAAUCGGCCCUUGCCAGAGACUAUUGAAGACAUGCAAGACUGGCAGCAACAAAGAAAAGAAACAAAGCAGGAGCCAGAAUCAGAAAAGGCAUCCCAGAUGAUCCCUCUGAAGACUUGCGGGUCUGACCCCAGCUAAGGACAACAAGAACCCACUUUCCUGCCCUGCAGAGACUGAUUCCAGCCAGGGCCCUGCCAGGGCUCCUCGAGGUCCUUGGGCAUUGUGGGAGGCCCUGGGUGGGUUGAUGCUCUUGAGAGGAAACCUUCCAAGAGCUCAGUGGAGGUUUCUCCUCCAUCAUCACCCUCAACCAUAGCCCACAGCCUAGACCUGGCCUGUGCAAAGCUUUGGCUGCAGGCCUUCUGGUAAUCACCCCUGCAAGCAUCCUCCCUGCACCCCAGGCCCUGUGGUUCUUUUAUGUAUCCUUUCUACACUGGUCACUUCCUCUGUCCAGCUCCCACCUUUUGUCCCUGAGAUCCCCUGGCUCAGUUCUAACAGUUUGUCCCCCUCUUCCCUCAAACUCUUUUUUUUGGUUGGGAAAUGUCAAUAAGAUACAA